UUGUUUGUUUAAAUGAACGUUUGUUAAAUAUAACAGUGAAUCAAUGUUUAUUUGUUUUUUAUACUUUGUUUUUUUUUAAGGACUCCUACCUUAGUCACAAUAGCAAUUAUGCCCACGGAACAUAUUGACGAGAAGAAGCUUUAUACGGAUGACAAGUACCGUUACGAUUAUAUUGCUGCUUACAUCGGUUUUGGCGAAAAGGAUCUUCAAGCCAUUCAAAACGUCGCUGAAAAGAUGGAACCCCUUGUUCCCGCGCUCGUGGAUGCCGUCUAUGUGAAGCAAUUUGACUUUGACGUGACCAAGAAAUAUUUCUUGCCCAAGAAUGAAGGCUUCAAUGGCCAAGUUGCUGACUCAAUCGAUGAUUUAACUCUGGAUCACCCUCAAAUUAAAUUCCGUAAGCAUUUUUUGGCCAAGUAUCUGUACCGUAUCCUUAGAGGUCCUUACGAUGAACGAUUCCUCAAAUACCUUGAUUGGGUCGCCAAGAUUCACACUGAUACCCCUGAAAAGGCAAGCAAAAUCAACGUCGACUAUAUCCACGUCAAUGCAUUGAUGGGUUUCGUCUCUGCUGGGAUUGUGAAUAGUAUCUGCUCCCUAAAUUUGGAUCGUGAGGUCGAAAAGGCUGCUUUAGAUGCUUUCACCAAGUUGAUGUGGGUUCAAAACGAUUAUUAUGCCAAGUAUUAUAUGAACCCUUAUUUCAAUGAACAGAUGCAAAAGAAACAUGCUGCUGAAGAGGCUAUGACCAAGGCUGCCCAAAAGAGUAACUUCUUUGAUCUUAAUAUCUUUUCUGUUAUUGUGGGUGUCAUUGCUGGUGGUUUGGGUGUUUGGAUGGCUUUGAACAAGGCUUAAACUGUUUUAUUUAAUUUACUAUUAUCUCCUAUCCGCACUCAUAUUUAAUCCCUGUGUAAAUAUAUCCUUUUUGUACAUCAUUACUAAUCUGGAAAAUAAAAUUGCAUUCAUCAUUUUGCAUUUUAUGCCAAAACAGACAAUCAUCCACGAACGUCACUUCUCU